AUGUGUCUGUUUGGCUUACUUUCUGCUGUCAUUUUCAGUUCUUCAACUUCUUCGUCUCCGGUGGCUUCUCUUUCCUGCCACUUCAAGCGCCAGCUUCCAGAAUUGCACCCUAGGCCCAUCAUCCCUCGGCAGCGCCGAGAUAUUAUUAAAAUGCCCUUUCAGAUGUUUGCCAUCACCUGCAGACCUCUGACCCUUCCCGACAGCACAGCCUACCCACAGCAGCAACGGUCAUACUCACCUCCGUCAGCAACUGUACGAGCAAUGAAUGCUGUGAUGUUUGUGAAAUUGGGUUUUGGUGGUUGCUGGGGUAAAAACCAAGUACCAUGCAAAAAUCACUGUGGAGCAGGAAAUGAGGAUGGCAGAUCCAGCGUUCGAACAUUCACUCCAUUUUACUUUCUGGUAGAACCAGUGGAUACACUCUCAGUUAGAGGCUCUUCUGUUAUAUUGAACUGUUCAGCAUAUUCUGAGCCUUCUCCAAAAAUUGAAUGGAAAAAAGAUGGGACUUUUUUAAACUUAGUAUCUGAUGACCGACGCCAGCUUCUCCCAGAUGGGUCUUUAUUUAUCAGCAAUGUGGUGCAUUCCAAACACAAUAAACCUGAUGAAGGUUAUUAUCAGUGUGUGGCCACUGUUGAGAGCCUUGGAACGAUUGUCAGCAGAACAGCUAAGCUCACAGUAGCAGGUCUUCCAAGAUUUGCUAGCCAACCAGAACCUUCUUCAGUUUAUGCUGGGAACAGUGCAGUUCUGAAUUGCGAAGUCAGUGUGGAUCUGGUCCCAUUUGUGAGGUGGGAACAGAACAGACAGCCUCUUCCUCUGGAUGAUAGAGUCAUCAAACUUCCAAGUGGGACACUGGUUGUGAGCAACGCCACUGAAGGAGACGGAGGGCUCUACCGCUGCACAGUUGAGAGCGGCGGGCCGCCGAAGUAUAGCGAUGAAGCGGAGUUAAAAGUUCUUCCAGAUCCUGAGUUCACAUCAAACUUGGUAUUUCUGAAACAACCUUCUUCCUUAGUCAGAGUCCUUGGUCAGAAUGCAGUGUUGCCGUGUGUCGCUUCAGGACUUCCUCCUCCAGCCAUUAGAUGGAUGAAAAAUGAGAAGGCACUUGACCCAGAAAGCUCUGAAAAAUUGGCGUUGCUGGCAGGUGGUAGUCUGGAGAUCAGUGAUGUCACCGAGGAUGAUGCGGGGACUUACUUUUGUAUAGCUGAUAAUGGGAAUGAGACCGUUGAAGCUCAAGCAGAGCUUACAGUACAAGUCCAACCAGAAUUCUUGAAACAGCCGACGAAUAUAUAUGCUCAUGAGUCCAUGGAUAUCGUAUUCGAAUGUGAAGUGACUGGGAAACCGACUCCAACCGUGAAGUGGGUCAAGAAUGGAGAUGUGGUUAUCCCAAGUGAUUACUUUAAGAUUGUAAAGGAACAUAAUCUUCAAGUUUUGGGUCUGGUGAAAUCAGAUGAAGGGUUCUACCAAUGCAUUGCUGAGAAUGAUGUUGGAAAUGUACAAGCUGGAGCCCAACUGAUAAUCCUUGAACAUGAUGUUGCCAUCCCAACAUUACCUCCCACUUCACUGACCAGUGCCACUACUGACCAUCUAGCACCAGCCACAACGGGACCACUGCCUUCAGCUCCUCGGGAUGUCGUGGCCUCGCUGGUCUCUACCCGCUUCAUCAAAUUGACAUGGCGGACACCUGCAUCAGAUCCUCACGGGGACAACCUUACCUAUUCUGUCUUCUACACCAAGGAAGGGAUUGUUAGGGAACGUGUUGAGAAUACCAGUCGCCCAGGAGAAAUGCAGGUGACCAUUCAAAACCUAAUGCCAGCCACUGUGUACAUCUUUAGAGUUAUGGCUCAAAAUAAACAUGGCUCUGGAGAAAGUUCAGCUCCACUCCGAGUAGAAACACAGCCUGAGGUUCAGCUUCCUGGCCCAGCACCUAACAUCCGAGCACAUGCAGCUUCACCUACGUCCAUCACUGUCACCUGGGAAACACCUCUGUCUGGCAAUGGGGAAAUUCAGAAUUACAAAUUGUACUACAUGGAAAAAGGGACUGAUAAAGAACAGGAUGUUGACGUUUCAAGUCACUCCCAUACUGUUAAUGGGUUGAAAAAAUACACAGAGUAUAGUUUCCGAGUGGUGGCUUACAACAAACAUGGUCCUGGAGUCUCCACACAAGAUGUUGCUGUUCGAACGUUGUCAGAUGUUCCCAGUGCUGCUCCUCAGAAUCUGUCCUUAGAAGUAAGAAAUUCAAAGAGUAUUGUGAUUCACUGGCAGCCACCUCCUCCAGCCACACAGAAUGGUCAGAUUACUGGCUACAAGAUUCGCUACCGAAAGGCCUCCCGAAAGAGUGACGUCACGGAGACCUUGGUGCCUGGGACACAGCUCUCUCAGCUGAUUGAAGGUCUUGAUCGGGGAACUGAAUAUAAUUUCAGAGUGGCUGCUCUAACCAUCAAUGGCACAGGCCCGGCUACUGACUGGCUGUCUGCUGAAACUUUUGAAAGUGAUUUAGAUGAAACUCGUGUUCCUGAAGUGCCUAGUUCUCUUCACGUCCGACCACUUGUCACUAGCAUUGUAGUAAGCUGGACUCCUCCAGAGAAUCAGAACAUUGUGGUCAGAGGUUAUGCCAUUGGUUAUGGUAUUGGCAGCCCUCAUGCCCAGACCAUCAAAGUGGACUAUAAACAACGAUAUUACACCAUCGAAAAUCUGGAUCCCAGCUCUCACUACGUGAUAACCCUGAAAGCCUUUAACAACGUGGGUGAAGGCAUCCCCCUGUACGAGAGCGCUGUGACCAGACCUCACACAGACACUUCUGAAGUUGAUUUAUUUGUUAUUAAUGCUCCAUACACUCCAGUGCCAGAUCCCACUCCCAUGAUGCCACCUGUGGGAGUUCAGGCUUCCAUUCUGAGUCAUGACACCAUAAGGAUCACAUGGGCGGACAACUCACUGCCCAAACACCAGAAGAUUACGGAUUCCCGGUACUACACAGUCCGAUGGAAAACCAACAUCCCAGCAAACACCAAGUACAAGAAUGCAAAUGCAACGACUUUAAGUUAUUUGGUGACUGGUUUAAAAGCAAAUACACUGUAUGAAUUCUCUGUGAUGGUGACCAAAGGUCGAAGAUCAAGCACAUGGAGUAUGACAGCCCAUGGGACCACCUUUGAAUUCGUUCCUACUUCUCCACCCAAGGACGUGACAGUUGUGAGUAAAGAGGGAAAACCUAGGACCAUAAUUGUAAAUUGGCAGCCUCCCUCAGAAGCCAAUGGCAAAAUUACAGGUUACAUCAUAUAUUACAGUACGGAUGUGAACGCAGAGAUACACGACUGGGUUAUUGAGCCUGUUGUGGGAAACAGGCUGACUCACCAGAUACAAGAGUUAACACUUGACACACCAUACUACUUUAAAAUCCAAGCCCGAAACUCAAAGGGCAUGGGACCCAUGUCUGAAGCCGUCCAAUUCAGAACACCUAAAGCGGACUCCUCUGAUAAAAUGCCUAAUGAUCAAGCCUCAGGGUCUGCAGGAAAAGGAAGCCGGCUUCCAGACCUAGGAUCUGACUACAAACCUCCAAUGAGUGGCAGUAACAGCCCGCAUGGAAGCCCCACCUCUCCCCUGGACAGUAGCAUGCUGCUGGUCAUCAUUGUUUCUGUUGGCGUUGUCACCAUUGUGGUGGUUGUGGUCAUUGCUGUCUUUUGUACCAGGCGUACCACCUCUCACCAGAAAAAGAAACGAGCUGCCUGCAAAUCAGUGAAUGGUUCCCACAAGUACAAAGGGAACUCCAAAGAUGUCAAACCCCCAGACCUCUGGAUCCAUCAUGAGAGACUGGAGCUGAAACCCAUCGAUAAGUCUCCAGACCCAAAUCCCAUCAUGACUGAUACUCCAAUUCCUCGGAACUCUCAAGAUAUCACACCAGUUGACAAUUCCAUGGACAGCAACAUCCAUCAAAGGCGGAAUUCAUAUAGAGGGCAUGAGUCAGAGGACAGCAUGUCUACACUGGCUGGAAGGCGAGGAAUGAGACCAAAAAUGAUGAUGCCCUUUGACUCCCAGCCACCCCAACCUGUGAUUAGUGCCCAUCCCAUCCAUCCCCUCGAUAACCCUCACCAUCAUUUCCACUCCAGCAGCCUCGCUCCUCCAGCCCGCAGUCAUCUCUACCACCCGGGCAGCCCGUGGCCCGUUGGCACAUCCCUGUCCCUUUCAGACAGGGCCAAUUCCACAGAAUCCGUUCGAAAUACCCCCAGCACUGACACCAUGCCAGCCUCCUCGUCUCAAACAUGCUGUACUGAUCACCAGGAUCCUGAAGGUGCUACCAGUUCCUCUUACUUGGCCAGCUCCCAAGAGGAAGAUUCAGGCCAGAGUCUUCCUACAGCCCACGUUCGCCCUUCCCACCCAUUGAAGAGCUUUGCUGUGCCGGCAAUCCCGCCCCCAGGUCCUCCCACCUAUGAUCCCGCGUUGCCAAGCACACCAUUACUAUCCCAGCAAGCUCUGAACCAUCACAUUCACUCGGUGAAGACAGCCUCCAUUGGGACUUUAGGAAGGAGCCGGCCUCCUAUGCCAGUGGUGGUUCCCAGUGCCCCUGAAGUGCAGGAGACCACGAGGAUGCUGGAAGACUCCGAGAGUAGCUACGAACCAGAUGAGCUGACCAAAGAGAUGGCCCACCUGGAAGGACUAAUGAAGGACCUAAACGCCAUCACGACAGCAUGACGACCUUCCCCGGGACAUGACUGCAGACCUGGGUCUAGAAGUCUUGGGACGGAGCCUGGAAAGCAAGGAUUGUACAGAGCACGUGAGGACAGCACUUGAGAACACAGAGCGAGCAAGCAGACCGGUCAGCGCCCCUGUGUGGGGCUGGCUCCGGGCAUGGCCACCUGCCUUCUCCUGGUCAGCCUGGAAGAAGCCUGUGUCGAGGCGGCUUCCCUUUGCCUGCUGACACCCUGCAGGACUGGGCACCAUGGGCCAAAAUUUUGUGUCCAGGGAAGAGGCAAGAAGUGCGACGACCUACAUUUCACUUUGUGGUCAGGCUGUGUCUUCGUGCUGCGACUGCAUCGCCUCUAUGGAGUGUAGACAUUGGCAUUUAUGUACAAUUUUAUUUGUGUCCUAUUUUAUUUUACCUUCAAAAGAAAAACACUAUCAAAAACCAAGGGAGUCCAUGGUGUUCUCCACAAGUGGUUGACGUUUGACUGCUUGUUUGAAUUAUGUAUGGAAAGUCAUUGACAGUGUGGGUUGUUCCAGGGGUUGGCUUGUUUUUUGUUUUUGUUUUUAUUUUUGAAUUCCAAGUCAUUGCAUCCUCUACCAGCUGUUAAUCCAUCACUUUGAGGGGGGAGGAAAUGUUGCAUUGCUGUUUGUAAGCUUUUUUAUUAUUUUUUUAUUAUAAUUAUUAAAGGCCUGACUUUCUCCUCUCAUCACUGUGAGAUUACAGAUCUAUUUGAAUGAAAUGUAACAUUGAAAAGA